CACAGUGCUAAGUAUAUAUAUUGUGCUUUGCAAUCAAAGUGGACUUAUGUGAUGUGCGGUGAUGUGGGAAGUUUCCAAUAUGAAAGAUAUGGAUUUUGUUGGUUUAGUGUGCGUGGAAGAAGAAAAAGGCACAAGUUUUUACCAUUUGUUUGGUUUAUUGUUUUCACAACUUUACUGACUUCCUCAAUCGAAUUUCAUCUUUUAUAGUGAGUCAGUCAGGUGACACUAACUGAUCAUGUUUUUGAGGAUGGGCUAGUUAAUAUAUCAACAAAGUUCAGUAUGGCAUAAUAUCAUAGUCAGCAACCAUAAUAUAGUUUGACAUCAGAAUAUAUUUUAACUAUCGUAGUAUAAUUCACUUGAAAUAUACUUUGAUUUUGUGCCUCUUACCAAUUGUUAGGACUAAGUACGAGUCUGAAAAUGUGGGUAUAGUGCUAAAUUUGUGGGAAAAAUGAUCUACCAAAAGCACACUGGCAUACUAAUCUAACUUAUAGCUACAACAAUACAAUGUACACGAAUUGGUCCAGGCUAAAGGCAUAAAAUAUGGGGUUCAUGUUUUUUAAAUUUUUUGAUCAUUGGUUGAUUGUUUUAUAGGCGAAUUAUAGCAGAUAUUGUCUGUCUUGUUUAAAGUUAAUCUCUGGCUGAAUAAUUGCUCAAAAGUGAAGCAAUGAAUUGGUUAAACUUUAAAAUUAAAUAGAAAAAAUAAAAAUAAAUUAUUAGACAACGUAUCUUAAAUUCAAAUUUGUGUUUGCAUAUGUUACAUAUAUAUUUUGUCCACAUGUGUAGAAACUUUUAUGUAAAGGCUGGCAUAUUUUCCUUCUUUUGGUUUAUAGUAGUUUCCUCAUGAACAAAAAUAUUCUGGAGACCUUUGUAUUUCUUAGCACUUACAAAUCUCCUUAACGGUUUAUACUUUACCUCUCUCUUUCAUGGUUACAAUCUUGUUUAUUUUAGGCCAAAUAUACAUAAUCAUGCAAGAAGAAAAAAAUGAUGCUUCAUAUAUUCAUGUGGAUCAGACACUGGCAAUUAUCAAGCCUGAUGCUAUUGAGAAAUCUGAUGAGAUUGAAGACAUAAUCUUAAAAAAUGGUUUCUCAAUUUUACAUAAGAGGAGAGUUCAACUUACUCCAGAACAAACAAGUGAAUUCUACACUGAGCAUUACGGAAAAAUGUUUUUUCCUAGUUUAGUGGCAUUUAUGAGCAGUGGUGAAAUACUUGCAAUGGUGCUCGCUCGCAAGGAUGCUGUCUCACAUUGGAGAUUCGUUAUUGGACCCACACAAACAGCCCAGGCUAGAGAUGAAGCACCAGACAGUAUUCGAGCUCUCUAUGGAACAGACAAUCAAAAAAAUGCUGUACAUGGCAGUGACAGUACAGAAUCAGCCACGAGAGAGAUUCAUUUCUUUUUUCCCGAUGUUGUGAUUGAACCACUACCAACCAGUCAGCAAGCGAAAGAUUACCUAGCAGAAACUGUAAAUCCAACAUUGCUGAAAGGUCUAACGGAACUAUGCAAACGCAAACCUGCCGAUCCUAUAAUCUGGUUAUCUGAUUGGCUUACUGAUAACAACCCGAACAAGCCUCGUAUUGAUACACCUGGCCAAUACCAAGUAGAUGAACCAAGUGAAUGAGUUUUUUUAUGCUUUAAACAUCAUUCCUUUAUAUAUGCCUGAUACGAUGUUUUGAAAUAGACGGGUGGUUAAAAUAACUAGGGACAUGACCUUUCACAAAUAAUGCUACUAUAAAAGAAAAUGAUAAACGUCUGGGGGUGCAUUUUAAGUGAAAGAGUCAAUGAAACCCCCUUUUGUUCUGAAACUCAAAAUAAACCGUGUUUAAAUGGGCCGCUUCCGCAUAAAUUUAUAUCUUGGCUAAUCCAUCUUGUAUGUCUCUCUUGCAGACAUCUUGUAUUUUAUUGGAUUAUAUUUUACUGUUGGCUACAGGAAUAACUUUUUUUACUUAGGCUAUCCUUAUCUCAGUUUCAGUGACUUCACCCCUUUCGACCUGAAAAUUCAGUUUUUGCAAAGCACAUAAACCAUUAAAAACCAUGUUAUCAUGAUCCAUGUUGUAAUUACUAUUUUGAAAAUGUUAAUAUAUAUUUCUCCUGUAAA